AUUCUGCUAAAUAAAGCAAGGUCCACGCUUACUUUGAAUAACUUCAGAAUUCUUGUGAAUAAACUUUGACGUUCGAGUUUCUUAUGGCAAUAUAAAUACUUACCCUCAGAUCGGAAACAUGCGAUGUUUGGAGCAUGAAAUGCCUAUAAACCAUCGCACUAAACGAAACGCACUUAAACUUUCAGGAUCAUUUAAUGAUACGAUAAUGACCCGAUGAUUGAAAUUUCGUCAUAUGCUUUCCGUCAUAUAUUUGACAACUGCAUUUACCUUGUUGUUGAUCUGUCAUAAUUAUCAUUGAUGAUGAUCAAUAGAAUAAGUAGUUCCGUUUUUUACCACCCAAUCGUAAUAUUAUUGCGUACUUAUAUUUUGUGGCGCCACUUGUGCAUAUAUCAUCGUAGCACUAGAGGAAAAGAUGAGUCUCUCGGCUCACUCAGCUGUUCUUUGUUUACCGACUGGCCAGCCUCUGUUUACCUCUCAUAUAUGAAGUACUUACAUUUCGUUUGUUUUAUUCGUCCUGCAGAAUCAGCUACCCCUAUUCGAACUUAUUAUUAUUCCCUUCAACCGAUUUAAUUUACCAGAUUUCAUAGCGGCUAAUUGUGUGCAGGAUCGAUGGAUUCUAACCUUACAGAGCUUCCGUCAAGCUCUAACUCGUCUUUCUUAUGCUCGUCUCUUUAUCAAUAUUGCUGGAUCAAGCGUUGUUGACAUCGUUUUCAUAUAGUAUUAUUAUAUUCUUUAAUUCAUCAUUGUCAACAUGUCGAAGCACUGGGGCAGAGACUAUGUGGUCACGGAGCAUCGAGAUCUGCAGGCCAAUACCAUGGCUGUGGAUGUUACGGGUAACCACGUUCUCCUAGCUGGGAGGCGAUAUUUAGCAAUAAAACACCUUGACGAGGAACCCCUUAGAAAGUUUCAUCGACAAAGUAAAUAUGAAGUAGGCUCUGCAGAAUGGAAUCCUAAUCUAGCAAACUGUCACUUGUGUGCCAUAUCUAGCAAUACUAGAGUUGAAAUAUUGAGUUUUAUGGGAAACAAUGGCUAUGAAUUGCAACCCACUCAUAGUUUACGGGCCCACACACGUGUAGUGAGUGAUUUAAACUGGCAUCCUAAAGAUCCUGAUAUAUUAGCUACAUGCAGCAUUGAUACUUACAUUCAUAUUUGGGAUAUUAGAGAUCAACGAAAGCCAAGUUUAUCUCUUUCAGCAGUUGCUGGAGCAUCUCAAGUGCGAUGGAAUGUUUUAUCCCCAAACAUGCUUGCAACUGCCCAUGAUGGUGAUAUCAAAAUUUGGGAUCAACGAAAAGGAAACAGCCCAGUUCAAUACAUUGCUGCCCAUUUGACAAAAAUUCAUGGACUAGAUUGGUGUCCUUUUCAACAAAAUCAAUUAGCUACGUCAAGCCAAGAUUGCACAGUCAAAAUUUUUGAUACCAAUAAUCCGCGCAGAGCUGAAAGUAUCUUGACAACUAAUUCUCCAGUGUGGAGAGCCAGAUAUACGCCUUUUGGAGAAGGACUAGUGACAAUUGUUGUACCUCAAUUACGAAGAGGAGAAAAUAGCCUUUUAUUGUGGAACACUUCUAAUUUAUCAGCACCUAUUUAUACAUUUGAUGGACAUACGGAUGUUGUACUCGAAUUUCAGUGGCGACAACCGAGAUCGGAAAAAAAUGAUUUCGAGCUUAUCACAUGGUCCAAAGAUCAAUGUUUGAGAAUAUUUAAAAUUCCGCCUUUAUUGAAAAAGUUGUGUGGUCAUGAUAUGGACGAUGGAAAUUGCGUUUAUACUCAAUAUUCAGAAGACAGCAACAUGAGAAUUUUGCAAUCUGUGCAAGCCCUUCAGCUACAUGAAUCUAAUAAUGAACAACAAUUAACUUAUCCUCCAACAAAUAUGGAUACAACAGUCUCAAAUCAAGAAGAUGAAGUUUCCAAACUUGAAAAAGAAGCACCAUCACCAACUCAGCCAAAAACUUUACAGCAAGAAUUUUCACUCAUCAACAUGAAUAUACCAAAUAUCGAAGUAAAUGCAAUGGACGCAACGGAGCGAACUUGUACAGUGACUGCUUCAAAUAAAAAUUACAAUGUAGUGUUAAAAGUGAAUUUUCCAGGAAAUUACCCUUAUAGUGCUCAACCUACGUUUCAAUUUUGUCCUGGAACUAAUAUAGACAAUGCGAUAAUGACGAAGUUACUUAAAGUACUAAAGCAAACUGCUCAACAAAGAGUUAGGAAAAAUAGAUCAUGUUUGGAACCUUGCUUAAGGCAGUUGAUUACAACAUUAGAUCAGACCUGUAUAAAAGAUGAAAGUGAAAAAAAUCAUUUAGGAUAUCACAUGCAGCAUACUGAAAACUUUUUAAAUUCGAAUAAAAUCUGCUCAAAUUAUCAAGACGCAUAUAUUCCCUUUCCUCGGACAUCAGGAGCAAAAUUCUGCAGCGUAGGUAUACUGGUAUGCUUUGGACGAUCAUCGUACGCGCGACGAACUUCAGUGAAACCUGAUGGCGCAACACCUCGUGCUUUAUCUGCACUGGGAUCUAGUGUUAAUAAUAAUGGCGGACAUUUUAUGCAAAUUUAUCCUCAUUCUUAUGUACCACCUGACAACAUUACCAUAAGUUCUUUUUACUUUGAGGAACGUAUAACAAGAAAAAAUGCUCACACCUUUAACAGAAGUCACGGGAAGCCGGGUUUCAAAAAUUACCAUUCUUUAGUAACCAUAUACGAUGCGUCAUCCCUUUUUUUCGUCAACAAAGAGUUGGCUGAAAAAUACGUAAUCAACACAACUGAUAUAUCUGCCAUGUGCCAGGCCAACGCAAAUAUAGCAGCAAGUUUGGAGAGACCUGAUCUUGUACAGGCUUGGUGCUUAGCUGCUUUAGUCAUUUCACAACCUCUCACAAAUGCUCAAAAUGCUCAAGGGACUUAUCAAAGUCCAGAUACAGAUGCACCCUGGUCUCUACAUCCUUUUGGACAGAAUUUGAUUCAUUCUUUAAUACAACACUAUGCAAAUCAAUCCGACAUACAAAUGGCGGGUAUGUUAAGUUGUGCCUUUAGCUGUAGAUCAGAAAAUUCCGAUAUGUUGCAGAGUCGUUUUAUCAGCAAAUCAGUGAAUGUCAGCAAGCUUUUCACUGGCAAGUGGUGGUUGAAGCCUGGUGGAUCACCUUAUCAUACAAUUCAUCCAGCAGAUACUAGUCUUGAAGGGUGGAACUUUCCUAAUUUAAAACAAAAUAGAUCAAAUUCUUGGUCAGAGUCAUUAGAUGGUCUUCAAAUUCAGGAUACAUUCAGUGAAUAUGGGCGUAAUAUAAGGCUAUUGGAUGAAAAGAAUACAGCAUUAUAUGAUGCUUAUAAAAAAGCGUAUGCCGAAGUCUUACAUAGAUGGCGACUUUUAGAUGCAAGAGCACAAGUAUUAAAACAUGUUAGUACUACUUCGUUCGAUACACACAAGAGCAUUGAAUUCCAGAGUGAAUGUUUGACCUGUAAUAAAUCAAGUAAAGGACCACAAUGCUCACUUUGUAAACGACUGACUUUUCAAUGCGUUGUGUGUCACAUAUCUGUUAGAGGACCUAGCAAUUUUUGUAUAGUGUGUGGACAUGGCGGUCACACUUAUCAUUUAGCAUCAUGGUUCAAAAAUGAGACUGUAUGUCCAACUGGCUGUGGCUGUUAUUGCCUUCAAGAGAAUAUGUUACUUUUAAAAAUGUAAAUAAAAUGUAAAUUCUUAUUUCUUAUUUAAUCAAACUGUAAAAUACUAGAUUUAAAUAAAAACUAUGUAAAUAUAUUAUAUUAAUAAUAAUAAAAAAAAAA